GCCUCUGACAGGAUUACACGAGUUUCCUCAAUUGAACACAGUGAAGUUAAACGCUCGGACAUCCUGCCUGCUGGAGACUCUCGUGCUUUUGGCUGAAAAGAAGAAACUCGACCACAGUUAGUUUUCUACACCAGUCGAUCAAAUGUGACGGGUCUGCGCUGCGAUCACAGGAUUAAAUGUUUUCUGUGCUGAUGGUCGCUGCUGCAACACUAAAGACUAAUGUGUGCACACGCCCGCAUUUUAAAGAAGCUGCCCGUGAACUCAGCCUACUUUAGUUUAGAUCACAAGUCGUCAUGAUGACUCGGAUUUUCUGGGAUACUAUUUUUCUCAUUAGCGGUUCCCUUUUUACAUUUGGAGCAGGGCCAAGUAAUUCGACAAUUAUUGAAGCCAGCAUUUCCAUCGAUACAAACUUCACUGCUGCUCCGAACACCUCAACAAGCAGCUCUGCAACAACUAACAGCGGAAGAACAACUACCACAACUCUUGCACCUACCACAGCAACUAACAUCCCUCCAGUUAAAAGUUCCCUCUUUAUGUUUGGAGCAGAACCAAGCAAUUCGACAAUUAUUGAAGCCAGCAUUUCCAUCGCUACAAACUUCACUGCUGCUCAGAACACCUCAACAAUUAGCAGCGGAAGCACAACUGCCACAACUAUUGCACCUACUACAGCAACUAACAUCCCUCCAGUUAAAAAGUUUGUGGCAGCAGCUGUUCGGUCUCAUUUUGAUGACUGUCCAGACUCCCACCGUCAUUUCUGCUUCCACGGCACAUGCCGUUUCCUGAUCUUAGAGGAGACGCCUGCGUGUGUGUGUCAUCCAGGCUUUGUUGGGAUGAGGUGUGAGCAUGCAGACCUGCUUGCUGUAGUAGCGAGUAAUCACAGACAACAAACUGUUGCCACAGUGCUGGUGUUGUGUGUGAUUGGCUCUGUUCUUAUCAUGUUGUUGUGUACACUUUUACAUUGCUGGUGGAGGCAGGACUGUCGCAGGCGGAGCCACGCACAUCACUACGUCCCAGAGAAGCACGGAGCAUCCUGCCAUCCUUCUGAGAGUGUGGUUUGAGAAGACAUCUUGCUGGAGCAUAAGCUGUUUGCAUCACAAUAUGUUUGGUUUUCCUCAUCGGUCCAGCCCACAAAUCCUCAGGAUUGCAUCCAAAGUGGUAUUUCUGAUCAAGCAGACUGGACCAGAAGGGCGAAAGAGCAUAUGUGGCUGAGGUAGGCCUGCUGGAUGUGGAAGGUUAAAUGUGGCAUGACAUUUUUUUUCCCACACUGACUGGGACUUUUGACCUACAGCCCCAUAGGAACGUGUUUCCUUCACUCUUUGAUUCUGUGGAAAUACACGCAGAACUGCAAGAGUCUGUUUUAAGCUCUGAGGAUGAAGCUGAUGCCGAAUCCGACAUGGGAAGAGCUCUGUGUCCUAAUUACUGUUCAUGGCUGGCCUAGCGGACGCGAGAAAUGAACGACGAGGCCUUUAAUCAUCCUGUAUGGAUGUCAAAUAGGAAAGAUGUUUAUUUUGGGCUGUGGGAGUACAAUAAUUAAUUUAAGUCAGAGACCUCAAUUCCUAUUUUUUGUCUUUUAAUAACUUUAAGCACUUUUCAUCAGAAUAUUUUUUAAGAAAUGAUGGUGGGGGAAAACUGAUGCUUUAAACAAGUUCUUCGUGUCUGUUUUUAAAGAAGAAACUCACUUCACGUGACAGGAGCAGGAAUUGUUAAAUGGACUGACUGUUAAUGAAACCCCUGGACUUCAAUCAGCAAAAAGACCCAGAAUUUGAAAUUGUUCCAGUACGGUUUUGAUGGUUUGAUGAGCCCAGUAUUGCUACUGAAGCUGACAGAUUUAGUCAGUUUUAUUGUUAUUCCUGAGCUGUAUUUGCAUCAGAGGUGUUUUUAAUUCGCAAGCUAUAACCGUACCGACACAUGCACUUCCUGGGUGGCCACCUUAUUCUACAUUGUAUUGUUGCACUUUUCUGCAAGCUUGCUAGAAUCAAACUGCACUUAUUGUGAAAUGUAGUCGCUUGAAAAAGUGUCCACAUAAUGAGAUGCCAAAUACACUUUCUAACCUUGUCUGAAUAGCAGGUGAAGGGAAGAGGCACACAGUUUGUGCACAUCCACCUAAGCAUGCAUGCUCCUAAAUCACAACUUUUAUUUUAAAAAAACACAAAACACUUUUUAUUUCAAUACUGGCAUGUUAUAGCAUUGUGUCUUCUUUGAAUGUAAAUACUUUUAAAGAGAGAGAGCACCUCUGAAAGUUAAUUUAAAACAAAACAAAAUAAGGUUUUCUUAAAAGAAAACCUGAAUAAUAUUCAGUGAGGAAAUAGAAAAUAAUGAUUGCAAACUGACUCUGAUAUAAAGUUUGUAUGCUUUGUGUGAUAAGAUGGAACAAAAAAAAACUAUAAAAUGAAUGUGAUGGUAUUUACAUGCCAAAAAGAAUCACAAGAGACAAGAAACACUUGUUUACGGUAAGUGAUGAUAUUUACAUUUAGAACAUGUGUUCAUGUUUUUUCAUUUGUAAAUAUAAAAAAAGACACUGAAAUAUUCAAUGUAUGGCAUGUUUGUGUGUGUGUGUGUGUGUGUUGUCAAUACAAAAUCUGAAAAGGGUGAUCUCCUCAUUAACCCUUUGUCAGAUUUGUUGUAACAGUUGGAAAGCCUCUAUUAUCUGCAUUUGUUUUCCAAUGAAUAAUUAAAAAUGUAUGUGUGUAUAUUUUUGAAUUUAUUUGCUUUAAACUCCAUCUCUUGAGUCUCAUUGCGUGACUUCUUCAAGCUUUUUUUCUCUCUUCCAAUAUUCUGAUUUUCUGUUACUUUGCUUCUCUAUUUUUCUCUUUCACUGAAAAUUUCAAAACACAAAAAUGGCAACAUGAAACCCUGAACCCCGGGCACAAAUAAACAAAGAGCCUAACUCUUGAGUGCUUUUAUAGCUGAAGGUAAUGUUUCAGCCCUCUUCUAUAUUGCCAUUCAGUUUAUUUGUCUUUUUGAGUCAACAGAAUCUACACCCAUUCAUGUUAAAGCCUUUGUUCGAUGUGCAAGACUACAUCCUGUUUUUUAAAAUGUCCACUGUAUAUCAUCGGGUUGACAUCUCCCCUGCUCUUCCCUUUCGCUCUCCACAGGAGGAGCUUCGUUUUGUUUUACAAUCCCAUUAUGUUUGCAAUUGGAUUUCUGUGCAGUCCUUUAGAGCCGUCUGGCUGAGCUUCUAAACCAGAUUGGAAUUAAGCAGCUCUUGUGGGCGCUUCCCUAAAGAUGCACAAUACCCUUUAACAUACAAAGAAAUGCAAGGGGAAACAAAUCAACUGGGAGAAAAAAGGUAAAGAAAGGGUAAAUAAAGACUCAUUUAAAAACUGUGUUGAUUCACAUUUUGUGACACAAAGUGGAUGUGUUUCCAACAUUGGGAAAUUAUUUUAAGUUCUUUAAAUCUGAUUUGGACAUGUGUCAAUCCCCGUUCCCCAUAAGAGGCUGGAGCUCUGCUUUGAAUUGCAAUGCCAUUUUGGUCUUUUUCUUUAACUUCCUCUUCUGGCCCUUUUUGAUCCUAAAGCCCAACAUCCCCAGUAUCUGCUUCUGACCAGAUGGUUUAAAAUAAGAGUAUUUAUAAAGGUAUUAGGGUUAAGCAACCUUGCCUUGUUCUCCUCGCUGCUAAGCACUGAAACAAAUCAUUAGGAAUUAUGAACGCGCAGAGCUUCAGUUAAAGGCUCAGUUCACCCACAUCACAUGAAAAUGUCAUUUUACACUGGUAGCCGAUCCCAGAGUGCCGCUCAAAUGUCUUUAUUUUAUACAGCAUGGAUGUGAUGUUGUGAUAUUUCAAUUCAUGUUUGUAAAUAGAUCAUGAAUAAAGUUUGCAGGUGUUUAUGUUGACAUCCA